UAACUUAACCACGCUGUCAAAAUGGCGAUGAAAAGUGUGGCAGUGCUCACAAAAGGCAUGUUUGGAAGAAUUCCGGCUCAACUUGCCGUCAGCAGUGUUCCUUCCAACACAAUUCAAAAGAGAUCCAACUACAAAUUCGUUGGUAUGCCCAAUGAAACCGAUGGAACACUGGCUGGAGAUUUGAAUUACGGGCUUCACAAUGUUUUCUUCACCGAACUUUUCAGAGGUUUCGGAGUGAUGCUUGGUCACGUAUUCAUGGAGCCAGCUACUAUCAACUAUCCCUUCGAAAAGGGACCACUCAGUUCAAGAUUCAGAGGAGAACACGCUCUUCGUCGAUACCCGUCUGGUGAAGAAAGAUGCAUUGCUUGCAAGCUUUGCGAAGCCAUUUGCCCAGCUCAAGCUAUCACGAUCGAGGCCGAAACAAGACCUGACGGAAGUCGCCGUACCACUAGAUACGAUAUCGAUAUGACCAAGUGCAUCUAUUGUGGAUUAUGCCAGGAAGCUUGCCCAGUCGAUGCAAUUGUCGAGGGCCCGAACUUCGAAUAUUCGACUGAAACUCACGAAGAACUCCUCUAUAAUAAGGAGAAGCUCUUGUUGAAUGGUGAUCGCUGGGAGCCUGAGCUCGCUUCCAAUCUUCAAGCCGAAUAUCUUUAUCGUUAAGAUAAUACGAAUUGUGGGAAAUGAGAAGAGAACAUUUUAAAAUACCUGAUUUUUUCGUAGCUUUUUCGCUUUUCCGUUUUCUGUUGUCAGAUGAUUUAUUUUUAAUUUUGAGGUUUUAGUAUUUGUUCCCCUUUUCUGAUAACUUCCGAAUUGUAGAUGAAAAACAAAAUAUGUUAUAUACUUUUAUGUUUUCUCUAUGUUUUUCUUAAAUAUCGUUCACUAGUCGAUGUUGCUCUAUUGUUUUUUCGAUAUCUCAAGGUAAAACUGUUACACAUU